GAGAGGUACAGUCAACGUUUAAUCGUUCAUCAAACAACUAGCUUCAACGCACGCAUUUUUCACGUCUACAACACAGACCUCUCAAGAAAUAAAACAAUCUUUCAAAAUGUUCCGAUUGGUGGUGUUGUCCGUUGUUCUUGCCGUUGCCGCUGCUGCCCCUCAUGGUGCCGUGAUCGCUUCGGCACCCCUUGCCUACACCUCGUACGCCGCUGUUCCGGCUGUGGUAGCCCAGAAGGAAAUCGCCUACCAGAAGAGCAUCAUCGAAGAGCCAGCCAUUGCCCAUGUUGGAAACAUUGAGAAGAAAAUCCCAACCGGAUACUCGCAUCAAAGCGUCACUCAGUACCACAACAAACAGGUCGCCGAGGAAGUGUAUGCUCCAGCUGUGAAGAAGACCGUCGUCGAAACUCCGAUCGAGAAGACCACCUACCACACUGUGGCCACUCCAGCUAUCCAGACUGCUUACGUUCAGGCUGCCCCAGCCCUGACCUACGCCGCAGCCCCAAUUGCCAAGGCUGCCUAUGUUGAAGCCGCCCCUGCCCUGACCUACGCUGCUGCCCCAGCCUACAGCUAUGCUGCUGCCCCAGCCCUGACCUACGCUGCUGCCCCUGCCUACGGAUACGCUGCUUCCCCGAUCGCCUACACCGGAAGCUACUACAGCGGAGUCCCGACCGUGUACGCCAAGCACUAGGCACUUGACUGUCAAACAAAGUUUUCGAAAUGCCGCUCAAGUAAUUAUUUUUCUUUUGUUCGCUUUUUGGAUUGUUUAUGUGAAAGAUGAGAAAAAUUAAAAAAAAUCGACUGGAUAGUAAUGUAGGUUGAUGAGUAAUUUGUUCUUUGCGAAAUAAAAUCCGAAAGAAAUAUCUAA